AAUUCUUCACAGGUAGUAGGCCAUUUUUUACUAUCUUUUGCACGUAUUGGGCAGUAAUAUGAUUUUAAGUCACAUCCGUUGAAUAUUAAAAAAAAAUAUUAUGUUGACAAUUUUCCCAAAUCAUUGCCAGUAGAUGCUAAAUAUCACACGAUUUUGUGAUAGAGACGCUUAAUAGUCAAUGAGAUGGACAAGGUGUUGGCCACAGAAGGCAUAAGCCUGGAGAUGGUGAAGGAGGCGGCGACGCGGGUUGCCCCGUGGGUGCACAAGACGCCCGUCCUCAGCUCCAGCAGCCUCGACCAGAUCGCUGGUCUCCAGCUCUUCUUCAAAGCCGAGAACUUUCAGAAAACUGGCUCUUUUAAAGCCAGAGGUGCCUGUAACGCGGUGUUCCAUGCAAUGGAGGAAAGUAAGAAGGACGGCAAGAAGCUGCCAGGCAUAGUCACCCACAGCACCGGAAACCACGGCCAAGCGGUAGCCUAUGCUUCCAAGUGCGCAGGCUUGCCGUGCUGCGUUGUGGUGCCUAACGAUACUCCAGACAUCAAGUGCCAAGCGAUCGAAGGAAUACGGGUCCCGGACUUGGACGCUAUCUUGGUACCCAUAAGUGGAGGCGGCAUGACUGCUGGCAUCGCCGUGGCCGUCAAAGCCCUGCGGCCUCAGUGCAAAGUGUACGCGGUGGAGCCGGCGGGCAAGGAGCUGGGCAGCAGCCUGGUCGCCAAGAAGAGGCUGUGGCACAACCCGCCUCAGUUCCUGCCUACCGUCGCAGACUCCAUCAGGACCCAACAGGUGGGUGAGCUGACGUUCCCUGUGCUGUGCUCGCUGGUGGAGCCUGAGGUCUUCACCGUCACGGACCCGCAGAUGAUGCAGGGCAUGAGGCUCGCUCUCACCAGGAUGAAGGUGGUGGUGGAGGCCGCGUCGGGAGCGGCGGUGUACGCGGCGGUGCAGCAGCUGAAGCAGCGGUGCCCCGACGUGCAGAGGGCGGGCGUGGUGUUGUGUGGCGGCAACACGGGCUUCACGCCGCUACCUCAGAUGCUCCUUGAGGAACCUGCGCUGGGCCGAAGCACAACUGUUACUCCCUAGCAACGAGACGAGUUUACGUAUAAUACUCAUAUGGAUGUCGAUAGAACCAAUAUUUUGCAAAGUUGGUAAAUGGCAAAUUUGUGAGCAAAGUGAAUGGCAAAGUUGUUGGCAAAGUUGGUAAAUGCUUGACUUAACUUUCAGGUUGACGAAGUGAUUAAAAAUGGCUAAGAACACACAAUUAUUCGACACGAUUUAUAGUUAUUAAAACAUGUAGCAUGGCAACUCAUGGUUAAAUUAAAAAUGAAACGAAAUGAUGUCAAGUAAUGUCGACUCUCAAGAGUAGGCUAAUGGUAGCGAAUGGCUGCCUUUGAAUUGCAAUACAUAUUAAAAAAUCGUGGAACAUGUUUUUUCCAAUAACGAAAGUCAAAACUAAUAUGCCAUGUAAUUAUUGUUGAUGAACUUAUUAAACAAUUCUAUACCUGAAUACGUUUUGGAUCAAAAUUUAUAAAUUUAACAUAAGUUUCGAUUAUAAAUUUUAGCCAGUUUUAUAACGGUUUAACGUGUUGACAAUUAUGACGUAUUUAUCUUACUUAUCACCUCGUAGUCCCGAUGGAGGAAUAACAAUUGUCGUAGUCCCAGCAAUUAUAAUUGUGCAAAUUUUCUCACUUGCGGUCAUUGUUGACGCUUCGUUUUGUUUGUUAUUACAAGUUUUAAUAAAUGAUGACUAAAACUGUUAUGUUUUCUAGAAUUAUUUUAUAAAGCACAUUUUA